AUGUCGUCCUGUGUGGUGAAGUCCAGGAGUAAAAACCCGUACACCGCGGUGCAGGUGGACCCGGACAGUGAUUACUUCACACCAGGAACAUUAGACCUGGAGCAGCUGUUCUGGGCUGGCAGCAUGGCUCAGUAUGCACAUGUGAAUGAGGUGUGGACCAGCGUCUUCAUCGGGGAUGAGAAAACGGCUCUGGAGCUGCCAGGCCUGAGGGAUCUGGGUAUCACACAUGUGCUGAAUGCUGCAGAGGGGAAGUUUAAUAAUGUGCUGACUGGUGCUGAUUACUACACUGACGUGAACAUCCAGUACUUCGGUGUGGAGGCCGACGACAAACCGACCUUCAACAUCUCCCAGUACUUCUGCUCUGCGGCCCAGUUCAUCCACGAGGCCCUUGCUCACCCUGAGAACAAGGUGCUGGUGCACUGUGUGAUGGGUCGGAGCAGGUCGUCCACUCUGGUCUUGGCGUACCUGAUGAUGAAACGAAGCCUGACUGUGGUGGACGCUAUUGAGCACGUGCGACAGCGGCGUUGUAUCCUGCCCAACCAUGGCUUCCUAAAGCAGCUCAGAGCCCUGGACAUCACACUACAAGAGGAGAAACUCAGAGAAAAAAGACAGAUGCAAGACCAAACCUAG